AUGUCAAUAACACCAAUUAUUACGUUCAAGGCGGGCAUGUGUGAUGUCGAUCAAUCCUCAAAACCCUUCAAAAUCAAGGCCCAGGCUACGCCAGGCUACAUCUAUCUCUAUUCCGAAGAUGACCUCAUCCACUUCUGCUGGCGCCCCAGGUGGACGCCCCUGGACGAGCCCGAUCUUGACCUAGUCAUGGUCCCGACAGACGGCAACUUCGUCCCAUACGACACCCGCACGCCGAGCAACCCCUCCUCCAAGACCAACGGCCGCAUCUUCGUCCUCAAGUUCACCUCCUCCUCACAGCGCCACCUGUUCUGGCUCCAGUCAAAGCCCCAGGGCAACAGCGGCGACCCGGCCUGGCUCAGCCCGAGGGACCUCAAGAUUGGCGAUAUCGUGGACAGGCUGCUGCAGGGCGAGGAGGUGGAUGUGAACGAGGAGCUGAGCUCGGUCCGCAACAACAACGACGACAGCCGGCGCGACGCCGACGACGAGGAGGACGAAACGAUGGAGGAUGUAGAGGGCCAUGCCGGCGCGCAUGCGCAACGCCGCAGCGGUCACGGGGGCGCCGGCGCUGGUGCCACCGGUGGAGACUUCAGGGAGGAAGGCGAGGAUGCCAGGGAAGGAGGGGGAGACGGCGCGAGAGCGGCGAACAACGAUGCUGCUGACGUGGUACGGAACUUUCUCGAUUCCCUGAAAGGCGCCCCGGGGCUAAGGAGCAGUCGGGCCGAGGGCAAGGCGUACCCUUUGCUGAACGAUCUACUCGAGACCUCCACAACUAUUCCCAUGCUCGACAGUGCUACCGACGAGUACGUCGACAACCUUCUAAGCUUCCUGCCCCCGACGGUGUUGGUUUUGGCCCAGCAGGGAGCCAACGGCAACGCCAUCGAGAGAGAGCCGAGUGCGGAAUCAGUGGAGGCGGCCAAGCAGGCCCUGAGCUCGAGCCAGAAGCGUGCGCUCCUUAAGCAAGUGCUCCGCAGCCCGCAGUUCACCCAAAGUCUGGCGAGCCUCACGGUUGCGCUUAGGGACGGCGGUUUGCCCAGCAUCGCAGAGGCACUGGGGGUCGCGGUGGAGAAUGGCGGGUUGGUUAGGGGCGGUACCGUGCCCCUAGGUGGUGGUGAUGCCGUCGAGGCCUUUGUGGAGGGCGUGAAGAAGACGGUGCAGAGGAAGUGA